AAUGGCCGAGCCAAGAUGUUUUUCUCUCAGUUUGAACUUUGGAUCAGAUUCCCAGAAGUUGACACUCUGUGCCUGCCAGCAGGGCGACAGGAGCCCACGGUCCUCCGGUGGGGAUGAAAUAUAUUCAGUUUGACUGUUCAGGCAGGUGACGUGUCCUUCCUCAUCUGUAGCCCUUCUAUAAAGAGGACCCUUGAGCUGGCAGCAGAGCCCAUCCAGGCAGCACGGCCAGCUGAGCAGAGACAAGGGCUGCCCACACUGGGACUGGUAGAGGAAGCCGGCCCUGACGGAUGGGUGGUCUCGCCCUUCCUGGGUUCAUCCUGCUGCAGGUGGGCCUGAGUCGCAGAUCAGGAAGCACCGGGAAGAUGCAGGCCUGCAUGGUGCCGGGGCUGGCCCUCUGCCUCCUACUGGGGCCUCUUGCAGGGGCCAAGCCUGUGCAGGAGGAAGGAGACCCUUACGCGGAGCUGCCGGCCAUGCCCUACUGGCCUUUCUCCACCUCUGACUUCUGGAACUAUGUGCAGCACUUCCAGGCCCUGGGGGCCUACCCCCAGAUCGAGGACAUGGCCCGAACCUUCUUUGCGCACUUUCCCCUGGGGAGCACGCUGGGCUUCCAUGUUCCCUAUCAGGAGGACUGAAUGCUGUCCAGCCUGGUGCCCGCCCACCCCACCAGGCUGCACUCGGUCGGGCCUCCGCAGGCAUGGAGUCCCCGCAAAAACCUGGCCCCUGCAGGAGUCAGGCCUGGUCUCACGCUCAAUAAACUCCGGACUGAAGAUGCACAA